AUGGCCGAUCUCUACAGUCUCUACAACCGCUUCCUGUCAUUUAUUCUCAUCCACCGCCCAACCGCCAGGUGGAUAAUUCUGUUCUACACCAUGAUGGACAUGUUCUGGCCCGGAUGGGACGGCUACCCUGAUGAUGUCCUCGGGGAGCACGACGGAGCUGAACACGAGCAGGAGUGGGAUUGGGAAGACGACGCCUUUUUCUCAGAAUAUAUGAUUGGAUACGACCCGUUCUGGUGA